AUGGCAGUGAUCGAUACAACGAAAGAUCUGGCGGCACUGUUCGUACAGCAAGCACAGCGAACUCCUGACGCCAUUGCGUUGGAGGACGAGACGCGGGCACUUACGUACGCUGAAUUGGAGCGAGAGACCGCCUCUUUAGCCCACAAGCUUCGAGUUCAGGGUGUCACCCGAGAUAAAUUAGUGGGAAUUCUUCUGGGACGAAGCGCUGACUAUGUGGUUGCUUGUCUGGCUACGCUCCGGGCAGGAGGCGCUUUCCUCGUAUUAGAGCUUGCGUACCCCCCUGGACUGUUGGCCGAUGUCAUCGACGAUGCUGGCCCGGCUGUGAUAUUAACGCACAGAGCCCACGCUGGAAAGGUUUCCAGUCAUUCUAAUAUAAUUAUCAUGGAUGAGUCUGAGCCCAACACAAAUGGAACACACACAAACAGCACGACCCAUGUACUUCCGCCCUUGCCAGCGGACGACGACCUAGACAGACUGGCAUUUGUCUCAUAUUCAAGUGGAACCACAGGGCGGCCGAAGGGUAUUGCUAACGCGCACAGUGCCCCUGUACGGUCGUAUGACCUGCGUUUCGUUCUCAGCGACCUGAAGCCAGGCGACAGAGUAGCGUGCAAUGUGUUCUUCGUGUGGGAGAUACUAAGGCCACUGAUCCGCGGUGCCACAGUCUUUACCAUCCCGGAUGAGGCAAGCUACGAUCCAGUAGCCUUGGUUGAGUUGCUUUCUACACGAAAUAUCACCGAAACUCUCAUGACACCAACGCUUCUGGCGACCAUUCUAGCUCGCAACACCAAGCUGAAUAGUCUGAAGAAUUUGCGAACGCUGUGGCUGAACGGAGAAGUCGUGACGACAGACUUAGCAAGAAGGGCACUGAAAGCGCUACCUGAAGCUACGAGGCUUUUGAACUGUUACAGCGCUAGUGAAACCCACGAAAUUGCUUGUGGUGACAUCAGGGACAUGCUCGAUGAUAGUGCUACCGUAUGUCCUGUUGGUCCGCCAUUGGACCCAAAGCACGCCUACAUUCUUGAUCAAAGCGGCAAGCAGGUCGAGUCAGGUCUCAGUGGGGAGUUGCACAUUGGUGGCGGGUUGUUAGCCAGAGGAUACCUGAACUUACCUGAGGUUACCUCGAAAGCUUUCAUCCCGGACCCGUUCAACCCCGGCCAGCGUAUGUAUCGUACUGGCGAUCUCGCUAGAAUAACCGACUCAGGCCUUCUAGAAAUUCUUGGCCGUGUCGGCGGCAUGAUCAAAGUGCGAGGCUAUACUGUACAACCCGGUGCCGUCGAGCAUACCAUUAUGAAGCAGCUUGCAGUUAGCCAUUGUGCGGUUGUUGCUCACGGCGAUGGCCUAGAACGACAGCUUGUUGCAUACUUCGUGCGGGACCCAGAAGCGAAUGACCGCGCUGAAUUUACAGUCGAGGAGUCGGGUUAUAGCCCUUCAGCAAGAAAGGUGCUUACCUCGAACCUGGCCCACUACAUGAUACCAGCCCUGUGGUGUGAGCUUCGCGAAAUCCCUACCCACGAGGUUUCGGGCAAGGUAGAUCUGAAGGCGUUACCUACUCCCUCAGCACCGAAGUCGCCAAGCGGCGUUAAUGGUCAUGAUGACGGGCGUAAUACCGAAGUCAGAAUUGAGACCAUUGCCAAACUAUGGGCCGCUUCUCUCAACCUGUCCGCCAAAUCGGUAACAGAAGAGCACGAUUUUUUUGAUUUGGGCGGUCACUCUCUGGCACUUGCCGACCUAGCUAGCCGCCUGACGGAGGCAUUCGGCUUCCCAGUUCCUCUGUCGCGUCUUGCCGGAAACCCUACUCUGCAAGGACAUGCGGAAGCCGUCCGUGCCGCGCGUGAUGGUCACACUGCUGCGGUGCAAGCUGAUUUACCCAAGGUACUAUUAGCAGAUUCAACACUGCCUGACGACAUUCAAGCUACGGGCGCAAAGAUGUGCCCACUAAGCGAAGCGAAUACCAUCUUGCUGACGGGUGUCACUGGUUACCUGGGUGCUUUCCUCCUGACAUCCAUUCUGGAGAAUACAUCCGCACGGGUGGUUUGUCUCGUACGCUUUACCCACCCAACCGGCGAAGACAGGGGUCAGGGUAUGUCGCGUCUGCGCAAGAACUUAUUGGAUCUUGGAAUUUGGAAUCAAUCCAUCCUGGAACGUGUGGAGGUGCUCCCUGGAAACUUGGGUCGUAAACGGCUCGGCCUUACGCCUGACACCUUUGACGAGCUCGCUUCUAAGGUUGAUGCCAUCAUACAUGCUGGUGCUACUGUCAACCUCGUAUACCCCUAUGCCGCUAUGAGAUCUGCCAAUGUCGGUGGCACGCGAGAGAUUUUGCGUUUAGCUAGUCAAAGCGGAGCGAGCGUCCACUACAUCUCCACAAAUGGUGUCUUGCCACCUUCAUCUGAAGGUUGGUCCGAAGAUGCUAUGCUCAGUAUUGAUGAGGUGCCAGAAAAGUUGGUCGAUGGUUAUGGCCAGACCAAAUGGGUAGCUGAGCAGCUCGUUCUUGAGGCUGGUCGUCGGGGAUUGCCUGUCAGGAUAUACCGCCCGGGAACGAUUAGUGGCCACAGUAUUCUCGGUUCUACCAACACGUACGAUCUGCUAACGGCUUUGUUCGUUGAAUCCAUUCACCUCGGCUAUGCUCCAGAUAUCAAAGGAUGGCUGGCUGAAAUGACACCUGUCGACUUCGUUAGUAAAGCUGUCGUCACAUUGGCCAACCAUACCGAAGUAGACCAGCCAAUUUUCCACGUUGGCGACCCUAAGCCUGUCACUGCUGCUGCGCUAUAUGAAGACCUCGCCGAGCUUGGUUACCCGACAAAGUCUCUUGAUUGGGACGAUUGGGUCACACUCUGGAAUGAGAAGCGUGGCGCUAGUAAGGCCGGCGACGACUCGUUCACUGCUGGUAUCCUCCGUCGAGGUAUGCCAACUGUCGACUUCUUGAGAGCCGUGACAGUGCUCAAUGAUGCCAAGACGCAACCCGCCCUUAGUGUCUACGAGUUAGAGCGCCCCAAGAUCGACAGUAAGCUACUUGAAACCUAUACGCGCGAUUGGUAUGCGAGAGGAUGGUUACCGAGACCUCCUGUCAGGGAAGCAUCAGGCACUUCAACGCCCAAGGCGAAGGGACCUUUAGCUGGUAAAGUUGCUGUUGUGACCGGUGCUUCUUCAGGAAUCGGUGCGGCUGUUGCUUCGGCAUUGUCAAGAGAAGGCGCGCAUGUUGUGCUUGCUGCCCGCCGUACUGAAGCUUUAGAGAAGCUGAAGACAAAACUUUCCGCUACGCCAGGCAAGGUGCUUGUGCACAAGACGGACGUUACCAGUAAGACAGAUGUGGACUCUCUAUUCAAGACAGCAAGCUCUCUGUCCGAAUCAGGUUCGGGUGUAGAUAUACUUGUUAGCUGUGCUGGUGUCAUGUACUUCACCAUGAUGGCCAAUGUACAGACCGAGGAGUGGGAGCGUACCGUUGACGUAAACUGCAAGGGUCUGCUGCACUGCUUGUCAGCAAGCGUGCCUCCCAUGUUGAAGCGCGGCAGUGGUCACAUUGUGGCCAUUUCUUCGGAUGCUGGUCGCAAGGUAUUCCCGGGUCUGGGCGUCUACUCAGCAAGCAAGUUCUUUGUCGAGGCUACCUUGCAAAGCUUACGCCUCGAGACUGCAGGAACAGGUCUGCGCGUAACUAGCAUACAGCCUGGUAACACGGCCACGGAGCUCUUAGGCAUGUCAACGGAUGCAGAAGCUAUCAAGAAGUUUGGCGAGCCAACUGGCGCGAAGGUCUUGGAUCCUGAAGAUGUCGCUGAAGCCAUCAUAUAUGCACUACGCCAGCCUGAGCAUGUUGCCGUCAACGAGGUCCUAAUCGAACCUCGUGAUGAGCCGAUUUAA